CAUACGGCUCCAGACCUCGUAGCCUCGUACCUACCACUAUCAUCAAUGUACGAAAAUUGCCUUUUACGCUGCUUACUUGAUCAUCAACGUAGCACCCGUCUCUAACCUAUCCAUUCCUUCUGAUGCGAACAACAUGAAACUCGACCAACUACUCAAAUCGCACCCAUUAACAAAUAACGCUGCAACCACCUCCCCGAUAUCCUCAUCACUCAACUUACCUUUCCAUCAUUCUUCCUACCAAUGCUCCAGCCCGGCCCCCAACACGAUCAACCCUCCCACCCAACCUCCAACCCCCAACACCAAAACAUCAAACACGCCCCCAGCCAAGCCAUCGGGAACAGAACCACCACCUCCCCUCCCUCACCUUAGGCCCAAAACCUGAAACCACACCUCCCCCUUGUCCCCCUGUUUGACCUUUUUUCUUUUCUCCUACACGACCACCCACACCCAUGCACACAUGCUUCCAUGAUCCAUGCGGCUAUCGACGUUCCCGAGAGGGAAGAAAUCGGAUCUGACAAAGUUGGGGCCUGGGUAGGUGGGUGGAUGUCGCACCACGACUUAACCGACGACCUUGCGCUCGUACUGGAGGAGGUCGGGACGGGAGAUGUUGCGUCAUAUUACGUAUCUGGGUUUGAAGAUAAAUCGAGGUUGAAGUGCUUUGAGGUUUGAGUUGGAGGACUGGUGCUCGUUGGGUUUGCCUGUGGGACUGUGAAGCUUGAGAAUGCGUGCAUGUAGGAACUACCUUUUGGGAGGGAUGGAUGGAGAGAUGUGUUGGGACCACAACCCAAUAUGCUAGAUAUAUACAAAAUACUUACAUCCAAACCACGUA